AUGUCCCAAAAGAGUAUCAAUAUUGUUGAGCAAGAGGAAUCCGACGACUUGGUGAAGGAAGUGUUGGCACUGGAGUAUACCGAGCGAAAGAGAACGAAAUGGCAGACGGUGAAAAAAUAUCCUGAUGCAGUUUACUGCAUCUCCACUAUGGUUUUUGCGCUUAUAUUGACAUCUUUUGAGUCACAGGCAGGUGGAAUUGUGAUCUCCAUUGCCAAAUUCAGAGAGGAUUUUGGAGUACAGCUUUCAGAUGGAACUUAUGCAAUCGAAGCCAAAUGGCAGUCGGCAUUUCUUGGUGUACCCUUGGUUGCUCAGAUGGUGGGGCAGAACUUGGCCUCGUUUCUUGCCGACAGAGUUGGUAAAAAAUGGGUGAUAUUUGGUGCAAUUGCAGUUGGCGCCGGGUUGGUUGGUUUUCAAUUUUCCUCCACCACCGUGCAAACAUUUCUUGCCUCGAAAACUUUGAUCGCAAUUUGUCUUGGAACACUUCAGGUUUCAGCAGCUGGAUACGUCGCCGAUGUCACACCUUUGCCAUUGAGGGGCUUUGCUACUACGUUGUGUAACAUAUCAUACUCCAUUGGUCCUUUGGUCUGUUUCAUUAUCAACUAUUCGCAAGCUAAUAACACUACAAAAUGGGCAUACAGAUCCAUGUUCGCUUCUCAAUGGGGCCUUGCUGCCGUUGCUUUAGUGUUGGUUUUGUUUGUUCCAGAGUCUCCCGUCUAUCAUAUCAUCAAAGAACAACCGGAAAAGGCAGAAAAUUGCUACAAAAAAAUCUUGGGAAGCGAAGAGGACGCAAAAAAACAGGUCUUGGUGGUUCAAACUACUAUCAAGGAAGCAGAAGCAGUGCAACAAGGUUACACAUAUCUCGAUUGCUUCAAAGGAAUUAACAGAAAGAGAACUUUGGUUGCAGCGGUGCCAUUUUUGUUUCAGCCAUUUUCGGGUGUAGCAUUCACAAUCAAUUACACAGCUUAUUGGUUUCAGCUAGCCGGAUUUUCUGAGUCAAAGUCUUUUAAGUUCACAAUUGGAGCUCAAGUUCAAUCUGUUGCCGGCUGUAUCGCUGCUUUGUUUGUGGUAGAUCGAAUUGGUCGUCGUACAACCAUACUUUGGGGAGUCGCAGCUCUCAACAUUGUCAACUUUAUCAUUGGAGGAACUGGUCUUGACAAACAGAAGAACUCACUUAAUACCACCAUUGCUUUCAUGAUGAUGUACGGCUUCUGGUACAACUUGGGUUUGGGAUGCGUUUGCUAUCCAAUUUCCAUGGAAAAUCCUACAAGUGCAUUGCGGACCAAGACUUUUGCAAUCUCGAUGACUUGCAAUCUUUUGGGAAACAUGUUAUGGCUGUUUAUCAUUCCGUACAUUUUCAACCCGGACGAAGGAAACUUGGGUUCAAGUACCAUGUUCAUCUUUGCCGGUUGUGGAAUUUUGUUUUGGAUUUUCUUCUACUUCUAUGUUCCAGAAACUGCUGGACGAAGUUUGGAUGAGAUUGACGAGAUGUACUUCUGCAGAGUGCCUCAAAGAAAGUUCAAAAUGUACAAGACAAAGGUGGAAAUGGUAGGCGAAGAGACUUUCGUACCAGAUAACAAACCUCUGCUUGACCAUGUUGAGAAAGUUUAA